AUGGAAUUCGACACCAAGACACCCAAGUCGGUUACCAGCGACCCGACGUCGUUUGCCAGCGACUCGGUCCGCAAGCGCUGGCCCGUCAUCCUGACGGGCGCCAUCGACGACCUUUACCGCGCCAUCUCCAGGACCGACGACCCUGAGAAGCAGGCCGAGGGCAAGAGGAUUGUCGAGCAGCUCGGAAAUCUCAAGUACGAGGUCCAGCACGAUCGCAAGCUCUCACCCAUUGUCGACGAUGGCUACCCCCGAGAGACUGCCGCCUACAACAAGGAGGUCGAAGACCUCGGAAACCCCAGCUGGUUAGACGUCCCGUGGCUCUUUUCCGAGUGCUACAUGUACCGACGCAUCAGCACCUUUUUCCAGCUCACAAAGCACUGGAAGAGCUACGACAUGUUCGCCCGCCAAAAGAUCGACACCUUCCGAACCUCGCGCAACGCUGUGCUGGAGCUGGCCUCCCGCUACAGAGAGCUCAUCGAGCAGCUCCGCGCAGACAAGGACAUCACCCGUGACGACGAGGCUGAGAAGCUUUUAUUCUCGGAGUUCUUCGAGAUUUGUCUCUGGGGCAAUGCCACCGAUCUCUCCCUCCUGACCAAUCUCACCUACGAGGACAUCCAGAAGCUCCAGGGCAGCGCCGCCCGCAAGGCUGCCGAGGCCAACAUCCUCAUCAACGACCUCCCCGCCGCCUACGAUAUCCUCCACAAGGCCCGGGCCGCCGGGAAAAAGGAGCGCCGCGUCGACUUUGUCCUCGACAACGCCGGCUUCGAGCUCUACGUCGACCUCAUCCUCGCCGGCUUCCUCCUCUCCUCGGGCCUCGCCACCCAUAUCGUCCUGCGCCCCAAGUCGAUGCCUUGGUUCGUCUCCGACGUCCUGCCCGGCGACUUUGCCGCCCUGCUCACUGCAAUCUCCGACCCAAAGACUUUCUUCGAGACUCAGUCCGAAGAGGAGCAGCUCCAGGGCACGACGCCAACGCUCUUGGCCGAUGAGGAGGCCCAGGACCUGCUCUUCGUCUUCCAGGAAUGGGCCACGCUCCAUGCCGAGGGCCAGCUCAUCAUGCGCCCCAACCGCUACUGGACCGCUGGCGGCAGCUUCUGGCGCCUCCCUCACGAGGAGCCCGAGCUGCACAAAGAUCUCAAGGAUGCCGAGCUCGUCAUCUUCAAGGGCGAUCUCAACUACCGAAAGCUCACUGGCGACGCUCACUGGGAUGCCACCACCCCCUUUCAAGAGGCGCUUGGGCCCAUGGGCAAGGGCUCCGGCGUCAACGUGCUGUCGCUGCGGACGUGCAAGGCCGAUGUCGUCGUCGGGCUGCCCCCGGGCAAGGAUGAGGAGCUGAAGAAGACGGAGGGCGGCGGCGGCGACAGCGGAGCCAGGAGGUGGGCGUGGCACGGCAAGUGGGCCGUUGUCUGCCUUUCCGAGGGAUCAUAG